UUCUGUCACUGUGACUUUCCAUCUCUCUACUUGCCCUUAUUCGACAUGUGAGGAUGGGGAUGGGCGUAGGAAGCACGGAGAGUACCAGCAAAGACAGAGCGGUAUUGGGGAUGGAAUAAAGUCAGAGUGAGUGCAACAGAGAGAAGAUCGGAAAGAGGGAAAGUCAGAGAGAGUGCAACUGGGAGAAGAUCAGUAAGCUAUCAGGAAUAGCAGAAGAGACGCUAUGAGCAGCCCUGAGCUGCCCAAAGAGGGGUUAUCUAUGGAUUUUACAGAAGAGUCUGACUUACACCAGGAAGCCAUGCAGCAAAUCCUGCAGCCGUUUUCUGAAUUCCCUCCUUCCUCCGAUCUGGACCUGAUCUUCCUCAAAGGCAUCAUGGAGAGUCCAACACCUCAUGAGCGGAUUGAGGAAACCCGUCUGGAAGCUGUGAGAGAGAAUAAUCUGCAGCUGGUCCAGGAGAUCCUCCAGGAUCUGCACACUGCAGCCAGAGAACCCAAUGGGGCAGUUGCUGAGCUACAGAAGAUCCUGCAGGAGCCACAUUUCCAGUCUCUUUUACAAACUCAUGACUCCGUGGCUUCCAAGAACUAUGAGACCCCUCCACCAAGCCCAGUUCUGGAUCCUACCCUGAGCAACCAGCCCGUUCCACCUGAUGCUGUGCGUAUGGUGGGUGUCAGGAAAAAUGCAGGGGAGCAUUUGGGUGUGACUUUCCGUGUGGAGGGUGGAGAGUUGGUGAUUGCACGAAUCCUGCAUGGUGGUGUUAUAGAUCAACAAGGUCUUCUUCAUGUGGGAGAUGUCAUAAGGGAGGUGAAUGGACGGGAGGUAGGAAGCGACCCUCAAGCUUUACAGGAGAUGUUGCGGGAGGCCAGCGGGAGCGUGGUGCUGAAAAUACUCCCGAGCUAUCAGGAGCAGCAUCCCCUGAGACAGGUGUUUGUAAAGUGCCACUUCAGCUACGACCCUUCUAAUGACAGUCUGAUCCCCUGUAAGGAGGCAGGGUUGGCUUUCCGAGCAGGAGACCUCCUGCAGAUUGUCAACCAGGAAGACCCUAACUGGUGGCAGGCAUGUCUUGUGAAAGGUGGAUCUGCAGGCCUCAUCCCCAGCCAGCUUCUGGAGGAGAAGAGAAAAGCAUUUGUUAAAAGAGAUGGUGAGCUGACUCCAAACUCUAGUGCUCUUUGUGGAAGUAUUGGAGGAAAGAAAAAGAAGAGGAUAAUGUACGUGACCACCAAAAACGCAGAGUUUGACCGCCAUGAACUACUCAUAUACGAAGAAGUAGCAAAAAUGCCUCCAUUCCGAAGAAAGACCCUCAUUCUCAUUGGUGCCCAGGGAGUUGGGAGGAGGAGCCUGAAGAACAAACUGCUGACAUCUGACCCAUUGAGAUAUGGCACCACAACACCAUAUACCUCCCGGAAGAGAAAAGAUGGAGAGUGGGAUGGUCAGUCCUACAUCUUCGUGUCACGUGCAGAGAUGGAACAAGACAUAAAAGGUGGCCGCUAUCUGGAGCAUGGUGAAUAUGAGGGCAAUCUGUACGGCACAAAGAUUAGCUCCAUACAGGAAGUGGUGACAUCAGGAAAGAUGUGUGUGCUGGAUGUCAACCCUCAGGCAGUAAAAGUCCUCAGGACAGCAGAGUUUGUGCCAUAUGUUGUGUUCAUUGGAGCUCCAGAUUUUCAGACAUUGAAAUCCAAUAACCAGUCAGCAGUUCAUGCCGGUCUGACAGCAAAACAAUUGUCUGAUGGUGAGCUCCUGCGCAUCGUGGAGGAAAGUGAACGGCUCCAGCAAGCAUAUGGCCAUUACUUUGACCUUAGUCUGGUGAACUCAGAUCUGGAUAAGAGUUUCCAUGAGCUGCAGGUGGCUCUUGAGAAACUGCGCACUGAGCCCCAGUGGGUUCCUGUCUGCUGGGUCUAUUAGAUGACUGAAUGUCUUCAUAUUACCUCCAAGACCUCAGAGCCAGACAGCGUGUAUAAAACAUGGACAGACAUCUGGGUACAACUUGGAUGUCCCCUUUCCCCCCCAUAAUCGCCAUCUUGUAAUUCAUUCUACACAACAUCUACCUGGUCACUUGUUACCUUUUGCAUAUUUUUUACUAUGUAUUUCUUCCAUUCUCUUGUUAUUAUUCUGCAGUUUCUCCAGUUUACCAGCCUAUCAACUGCACAUGUGCUGCUUAGGGGAGAUGUAACUGAGCUUGUGAAAGGGCG